UACGAGGCAUCAUAGACCACAACACACGCGUUUGGGUCCAGUGCGCAAUGGAGAGGUCCGUCAGAUCCGUGCUGGUGUUCGUGGCUGUUUCCAUCCUCAUCUCCAGCCAUCCUACAGACGCCUGGUACAAGCAGUCCACCGGGCCGAGCUACUAUUCCGUCGGGAGAGCCUCGGGUUUGCUGUCCGGGAUCCGGAGGUCGCCGUAUGUGCGCAGAUCUGAGACCGAAUCAGCGCUGGACAGCAGCGAGACCCCCGGCGUCUCCAACAGCGUGAUGCCCGACUUCAGCAGCAGACAAACUCCAGUUCUUAAAAACAUGGCCAUCUGCGUAAAGGACAUUUCUCCAAACCUACAGAGCUGUGAGCUGGUUCAGGACGGUUCAAGCACGUUUCGGUGCAAAGCAGACGUGUUUCUGUCGCUCGAUUCGCUGGACUGCUUCACCCCCUGAGCGGAACCCGUCUCUCCCCCUCCCCGACCCAAAGUCUCUUCCAUUUCAGGAGUAUUUACAGCCAAGGCAGUGAAGCGCGCUGUUGACAUUGAAUGUUUACUUGAUUUACACCAGGGAUGUUCAGCGCUGCUCUUGAAGAUAUACUUUCCAGCAAAGUUUAGUUAUGUACCAAUAAUAAUAAUUUUCAUUUCGAGUGAUAUUAUAAAUCCAUCCACCUUAUUUCGCAGCAGCGAAAGUUCUGUGAAUGUGCGAGAGAUUCGAUUCAUUCGCUAUAGGUAAAC